AUGCCAAUGUCUGCAAGAUUAGCAGAGAACUAUUUAAAUUCGCCUCGAAGAAGUCCAAGAGUGUAUGAAACCAAGUUUGCACAUAAUAUUGCUGAUUCACCCCUGACCUCAUCAGCGGAUGACGAUACAGCUAAUGAAUUUGAAGGCAGCAGUUCGGUGGCCUGUACAAAAAUGUCAUCCGAUCAGGAUGAAACUAGUUCCGAAGAAAUUCUGGAUAUUGACUCUUUCGGAAUUAAUAGACAGCAGUCAAAAUUGCGAAAAAGAUAUAGUUCAGCAAAGUCGAAUAAAUCUGAUGUACAGUCGAAGUCAUUUCUUUUUGGGGCUAUUACGAGGCGCAUUAAACUGGAAUCCUCCUGGCUUAUUCCAUUAUCCCCAGUUCCCUUUCGACAAUCUGGUGUUGCAUGGAAUGGUGUGUAUCGUCGUACCCCUAUUUUGAUAUUCUCCCCAACUGUCAUGAUGAGUAAGGAUAGUAGCGUAAAAGCUAUAAGCGAAAACUUUAACUUAUCUUUCAAAGUAACCAGGGCAGAAUGUCGACUUCUUCGAAGUCUACUGAAAAGUCACGGCUUCUGUGAAGUUAACGGCCUGUCAUCUGAAUUCAAUUUGAUGUGGACGAACAACCAUGUUAAGCCUAUUGAACUCAGGUCUUUGUAUGAUUUUCAGAGGGUGAAUCACUUUCCAAAAUCUUAUGAACUCACCAGAAAAGACAGACUCGCUCAAAACGUCAAACGAAUGCAGCUUCUUAAGGGAGAACAGCAAUUCGACAUAAUCCCAAAGACGUUUGUUUUGCCUUCCGAACUCGCAGAUUUGAGAACUGACUAUGCUAAAGGCCAUGGACCAUAUAUAGUAAAACCUGUUGCGUCCUCAAGGGGCAGAGGAAUUCAUAUCAUUAACAAUCCCGAUGCUCUGACCACCACAGACCAGGUUAUUGUUUCUAGAUACGUAUCGAACCCCUUACUGAUAGAUGGAUUCAAAUUUGACUUGCGACUUUACGUGGCGGUAACGUCAUACUCUCCUCUCUUCAUCUACAUUUAUGAAGAGGGGUUAGCACGUUUUGCAACGGUUCGAUAUCAGAAGGGCACAAAGCACUACAAGAACUUGUGCAUGCACCUGACAAACUACAGUGUCAACAAGAAAAAUCAUCAUUUCGUUCAUAAUGAUGACGCAGAUAUUGAGGAUUUUGGGAACAAAUGGUCUCUGGGCGCAUUAUUGAGGCAAGUACAUCCUAGUAGUUUGAUGUAUUUGAGGAGUGAAGGUAAGGACACGGCCGCCUUGAUGCUUCGUAUUGAGGACAUAAUUAUUAAAGCGUUCGUUGCUGUUGAGGACCAAAUUAACUACGCCUGUCGUCUGUUUAUGAGCUCAAAGUCCAACUGUUUUGAAUUAUACGGAUUCGAUAUAAUAGUUGAUGAGAAUCUUCGACCAUGGCUACUUGAGGUUAAUCUGUCUCCAUCGCUGGCUUGUGAUACGCCACUGGACUUCAAGGUUAAAUCGAAUAUGCUUUCCGACUUGUUGAACCUGGCGGGUAUCGUGUGCUAUGAUCCAACGAAACGAAACAAGAGAGGAAUUUCCUGCCUACAAAACUUUGUUUCUCCUAAGCACCCAACUUACUUUGUCGCUGCCAUCGACUAUUUAUCCGAGGAGUGUCAGCCGCGAUCAUCCAAAAACACUCGAAGGCAACUACGACCAGUUGGCAGUAGUGAUGCGGAGCCAGUGUCGUCGUUAACGAGAGUACAAUCGAAGGUCGCCAGCUCCACAAGAGACUUGACGCCGAAUGAGCAGCGCUUGAUUCGCCGGCUUCAGGAGGAGACUGCGCGCUCCGGUGGGUGGUUGAGACUUUUUCCGUGCUCCGAGACCUGGGACCAAUACGCGGGUCUACUGUACAACAAUGGAGCGACGGAACCUACCGUGUCACAGCCCCAACAAUGGCGACUAUCGAUCUCGGUGUCCCCGGUGAAUAACCAGGCACCCCUGGGGGUCAGUUCCACCACAAAAACCGGACGUCGGGUAGAUGAAAACUUUGCCGUCCACGCCUCUGCAACCAUGGCUGUUUUAGCCAUGCAGAAAGCUAACCUGCACACUCUUGAGUCGACGUCGAAGAGAAACGAGACAGACGUGACGUUGGUGCAUCCCAAUCUCAUACCACCUAAUAUCCAUGUUGGGUUAUUCACGGGGCUUGUGACCUCCAGCAACGAAUGUUGUUCCUCCUUGAGACCUCGUGGGAGCGAUGAGACGAAGCUCCUCGUCCAUGUUCCACCGCUGUACGCUAAUGACGUAACCUACCCACCGAUUCACAGCUUGCCUUCGAGCACACUUGCGGAGUUUCUGAUGAUCGUUCUGGGAUUUGACCUAGACAAAUCACGUUCGCGACGAAAACAAGCGGAGAGCGUAGUGGCGUGUUAUUCGCAGACUCUGGCACGCCUUCCCUUCUACCACAGGAAGCUCGGGGCGCUGCCCAUUUGUGUACGAGGUGUUUGUCUUUUGGCUGGGUGUGACCACACGCUGGAGCGGUCGCGUCUAUGUGGAAUGCGAAGCAACAGUGAAAGGCGCGUCCUGCCACAGGUGCUGCUUCAAGUCGCGAAGUCUGCCAAAGCACCGCCUGCAGUCAACGACUCAAUGCAGCUCUACAAGCGAGAGGUGACUUCGCUGCUGAAUAGUGCCAAAAUUAAGUCGAUGAGCCAGCGACAGGCACGAAGCGCAUUCUGUGCUUACCUGUCACGAAUUCGCAACCGAAUCGCCUCCCAACUCAUGGACACGGGGGCUUCGAGGAAAGCCGAUAAUGAGGCGGAUCUGAUACUGAGGUUUCUUCAGAAGGCUGCUCUCAAACUCUCACCGCAUGCGAUAAAGUCGGUUUGUAGAUCCCAUGACGGUGACACCAACAUCCAGCGGAUGGUAGCGCACGGCGUCUUUAAGAUACCCGAUUUUCCGCCAAACUACAAUCUGCAGUCGAAGUGGCGCCUUCUUAUCACCCUGCUGGAAAACUUCAUAAAAAUCUACAGGUACGAGACCUCUGUGAUUUGCAAUGAAUCGCCGCACCUCAACGAAGCAGGCGUCGAUAAACUCCACUUCAAUCAUUUCAUCCAACAUGCUACAGAAAAUGAACUUGAGACGGUCUUGAGUCAGUAUACGCGUUUCUACCAUUCCAUGAGCUUAUUUAGCGUGCCGCCUCUAAGAUGUACGCCUAUCCCGCGUGAAAGUGGCAAAAUCACACCGAAACCCAUGAGAUCGAUCAACCAGAUGAACUCGAAUAAGCCUAUUCAAAGAUCCCUGACUUUUAGUGCGUCAGACUCUUCACAACUGAAGACUGCUGAUGAACACGAAACAAUCUUGUUACCCCAAGCAACGAGCAAGUUAGCAGUCAACUCGCCACCUGAAACCUCGGGUCGACUUGCCAGGAACGUGGGUUCCCCAGUCCGCAGAAAGAACAACCAGAACUCGUCGUGCUGUCUCGACACCAACGCCACAGUGCCACCAAAACGAGGCGGACCUGCAACAUGGACGACUUUAAUGGAUGAUGCCGUUGAUGGCCAGAUCUGUACGUCUCAGACAAAGCUCUCUCAGCUUGGGUCGAGUGAUUGUGAGGCGAGGCUGGAACCGCGUGAGUCUCCAUUUGAGGCCGUGGACAACGUGAUAAUGGACGGUGACUACGAGGCGGCGUUCUACGAUCCGUCCGAAUCCAUCCACUCUGUACAGCUUCUCGGUGCAGAUGAACCAGAGCCAGAAUCAGGUGGUCACGUGGGCGGCGAUUUUUACGUUCUCGACCGGUGCAUGCCGGAAGAUGCCUCCUCCGGUGGAUUUGACUCGUAUGUCUGCAGCGAGGUCGAUGUCUGCGAUAUGAGUUUGCAGGAGGACAUUUAA